AGCACAUAUAACGUGUUUUGGUAGAGCACUAGUGCACAACAUUUGUUUUUUUAUGUAAUUAGCUGUAAUUUCAAAUUAAAUAAGUCUAUAAAUAUAUUGACGUCUUAACAUACGUGUGUAAAAGUUGAGCAAGUAGGUAAAGUUAAUUAAUUUAACUCGGUUACCGACUGGAUCAAAGCAAUCAUGAAGAAGAAGCACACAGCUAACAGUGAUGCGCCAAAUCCUGAGGCUGUACAGCCAAAAGAUUAUGUUGUCGGUCUGGUGUCGGACAGCCUGUGUUCUAGUCAGACCUCAACAGCAAACAGUGCUCUGUCCUCCCUGUUCUCACUUACAUCCCCAUACAGCAAAGCUGCCUUUGUUCCUGCACCAAAAGUUGAACAGAAGACCAGCUGCAAAAAAGAGACAUCAGGUGUGCUGAGCAGUGGAGGAAGCCUUAAAGACAUAAAGUCUAAAAAAGAAAAAUCAUUAGCUGAAAAGAAGCUGGAGGACAGAGAAGGAGCUUUACAAAAUGCAGAUGAUGAAGAUGUCCAAAAAAGUAAAAAGAAAGUCAAGCGCAAAGCUCUGAAGACUGACGACGAGGAUUUGCUUGAAGAGGAGCGAGCUGCAAAAAGACAAAAGACCACCUGGAACAAAGCAGAAGAGAGAAUUAAACUGAAAAGAACCGUGUUUGUUGGAAACUUACCUGUCAGUUGCAAAAAGAAGGAUCUGAAGAAGAUUUUCAAGGAUUUGGGAGAGAUUGAGUCGGUGCGAUUCCGCUCAGUUCUACGAGAAGAUCCAACGAUGUCCCGCAGACUCGCCACCAUUCGACGCCAGAUUGAUCCCAAGAAGCCCAGCAUUAAUGCUUAUGUGGUGUUUAACGACCAGGAAGGAGCAAAGAACGCCCUGCAAAGGAACAGGAUGGAAAUUCAGAAAGAUGUUAUCAUCAGAGUGGAUCGAGUUUCACAGCACGGCUCACAUGACCACAAGAGGUCUGUGUUCAUCGGCAACCUUUCAUACGAUGUGACGGAGCUGCAGUUCCGCCAGCACUUUGAGGAGUGUGGAAAUGUUGAGGCUGUGCGAUUAGUGAGGGACCGAAACACCGGAGUGGGAAAGGGCUUCGGUUAUGUUCUUUUUGAGAGCACGGAUGCGGUGAUGUUGGCGCUGAAACUAAACAACUCGGAGCUGCUCGGUAGGAAGAUCAGAGUGAAACGCUCGGUGAAGAAGGAGAAAGUGAAGGACGACAGACGUUCAGCAGGGAGAGGAGGUCAAGGCCGAGGUGGGAGAGACGCAGGGAACAGGAGAGGACCAAAAUCUGGAAACUUCAGAGCUGCUGAAGGGAGCAAAUCGACGGGGAAGUCGUUUCAAAAGCGUCCUGGUGUGGGCAACAAAACUUCCAGCGACUUUAAAGGGAAGAUGAGCGAUCCCAAUUCCAAGAAGAGCAAAGGACUGAAAAAGAAAUUCAAACCCAGGAAGAGCAAAACGGUUCAUAUUUAAUCGUGUUCUUGGUACCUGAAUGUUUCUUCUAGCUUUUAUUUGGAAUAAAAGACUUUUGUGAGUUUA